CUACUUUUUCCCCAACUAAUUUUCCCUAGGGCUCUCUCUAGCUCUCUCUCUCUCUCUCUCUCUCUCUCUCUCUGGAAAUCGAGGACCGCCAUGAUUGAGCAAGCUUGAGGUUUGAAGGCCUUCUCCUGAGACACAUAGAGAGGGGUUUUGUCUUCUCCGUCUUCGUCCUCGUCUUUGUCUUCUGCUUGUUGUGGCUGGCUCCUUCUUCGGGAGUUUGGUGGUCGGGGGAGUUAGGGUUAGGGUUUCUUCUUCCCAGUCUAUGCUGCUGGCGCCAUGAAUGGUCUCGUCGACGGUCCGGAUUUGAACAAGGAGGUCGUGGUGGGCGAGAAGGAUGAAAAUUAUAAGUUAAGUGUUGGGCGCAGGGAGGAAACCGUUGAGAAGCACGUACCGGCCGAGCGUGCGGCUUGUGAAGGUUCCGGCGGGGAAGGUGAUCCGGAUGAAAAGAUGGAGCACGCCCCUCAGGGUGGUGGGAGCGAAGCGAAGGAUGAGUUCGUGUGUGUCGCGGAGUCGUCUGCGCUCGUUCCUGAUGGAGAGGGCGGUGCCGGUAACGAGGUGGUGGUGAAGGCGCCUGUUGAAGUUGUCCAGGUAGUUAGUGAAGGUCUGGCUGAGGGAGCUGUACCAUUGGAAGAGAGAGCCGAUGUAAAGGACGGUGGUGGGGAUGAAGUGGCAAACGCACCCAUUCCCGACGGGGCAGCGAGUGUGGCUGUACCAGAUGGACGGGGCGAUGUCUCUGACCCUGUGACGGAGAAAGUUGCGGAAGUGGUCCGUGAAGGUGUGAUCGAGGAGGUCGUAGUGGUGGUGGAAAAGCGUGUUGAAGUGGAAACCAUUUGUGGGGAUAUUGACGGGAACAACCUUGGGAAUUCGAAUAUCGAGGAUAAUAAUUCUGCAGAUGAACCAAAAGAUCUUUCCGUUGAUGAUGAUCCGAAGAAGCAGAAAAUUGCAGAUGUCAAUGCAAGUGCACAGGCGGGGUUUGGUCUUGCAACAGGAGUAGGGAGUUCAGACGUUGAGAAUGAUGGAGUCAAGCUUGAUCAAACGGCUGAAGAUAAGGCUAAGGGGCCUGAUUUUGCGGUUGGCGGAGAAGGGAGUUCAAGCUUUGAGGUAGUGAAGCUUGAUCAAACAGCUGAAGAUAAGACUAAGGGGGCUGAUUUUGCGGGUGGCGGUUCUGCAGAUUUGGGCAAGGCUCAAGCUGCGGCUGCGGUUGUGGAGGUGACUCGUUUGGAAAAGAUUGAGGUUGUUGAGUCAGAGCUUAUUGCCGUCGGUGAUGGUUCUGAUUUAGUUGUGGCAAAGGCUAGCGUGUCAUCUGGAGUUACGAAUGUAGAUCAUGUCUCUCCUGAUGGCAGUGAAAAAGCUGAGGAAUCGCGGAAAGAAGAUGACGGUUCAGCGGCAGAACAGAGUAACGGGACUAGUGUUAGUCCUGCAGAAGAGCACGCGGAAGUCCCCUUGCCUGAUAGGAACGAUGAUAGGUUGGUACAAACCACUGGAACCGAGGGUAUUGCCUGUCAGGACGAGGGUUCUGGUGGCGAAGGUGGAGGAGCAAAUGCAUUGCAUGAACAUGAAGAUGAAAAUGCUAAAGAACAAACUUUGAACUUGGAGAGUAACGUUGACCAUUCCAAGAAUGUCGCUGUAACUUCUUCUCUGGCUGAGGCUUCGAGCAUGGAUGGUCAGCAUAGCGGUACAGGUGGCAAUCCAACGGAUAACAAUACCUUGGAUGAUGGCAAGCUUACAAGCUCUGUGUCAGAUGGCUUGCAUAAUGCUCGAGCUGAUGAUUCUAAGGUGAACGACUCAUUGGCUGGCGAGACUCAGAACAAUGGUGGUAUCGAGACAAACGGAAAUGCAGAUGUGGGACAUCAAAAUGUCAAAAAGGAAGAUUCCGCCCUUGGGAAGCAUGACGUUACAGCGGAUGGGGAUGAGAGUGAGGAAGCUAAGAGCGAUGAAAAGAUUGAACUGGUUGAAUCCAUCUCUGAAGAAAAAUCUGAUGAUCAUGUAGCUGGCAUGGACCAAGCUGAUGAUGUUAGUGAUGAAAAGGUGCAUGAAAGCAAAGACAUGGAAACUGACGAAGGCUUUGAAGAUGACGAAGUGCACGAAAUGUCGUAUUUUGAGGAGGUCCUCCCUGAGGACGUCCUGUCUCAAGAGGAUACUUUUUCUGUUGGCGACAUAAUAUGGGGAAAAAUAAGGAGUCAUCCGUGGUGGCCUGGCCAGAUAUUCGAUGCCUCAGAUUCAUCUGAAAAGGCAUUAAAAUAUUCGAAAAGGGAUACUUUUUUGAUAGCUUACUUUGGGGACCGCACUUUUGCAUGGUGUGAUGAGUCUCAGUUGAAAUCAUUUUGGACAAACUUUGCAAGGAUGGAAAAACAGAGUAGUUCUAAUGCGUUUCUUAAUGCCAUGGAUUGUGCGUUGGAAGAAGUUGCUAGGCGGACAGAGCUGGGGGUGACAUGCAGCUGUUUCCCAGAAGAAGCCUAUAAGAAGCUUAAGAGCCCUGAGGUUGAGAAUGCAGGCAUACGUGAAGGAAUAACUGUACCAGACGAUGUUGGGAGGUCUUUGUCGGUUGCAUCAUUUAAGCCAGAGAAAUUUCUUGAAUAUGUCAAAGAGUUGGCUUUGUUUUCCCCCAAGAAGCGCACUAACAGGUUGGAACUUACAUUUGUUCAAGCUCAGUUAUCUGCAUUUUACUCUGCCAAAGGGUAUUUAAAUCUUCCAGCAUUUCAUAUUUAUGGAGGAUUAUCUGGUGAUGAGACUGGCCUUUCACCCUUGAAAGAAUCUCGUUCUGGAGGUUCUGUUGGCAUUGCUACCCCGAGUCCAAGAAGGGAGGAGCCAACAACUCCUGCAUCACUUGCAGAAGGUGGAGAAGGGAAAAGCCAUGCUAGUUCAUCUCGGAAACGGAAACGACUUCUAGAAGAGAGUCCACAUCGUAGUAGAAAACAGAGGAGCCUAGCUGAGCUGAUGGAUAUGAAAGGCCGACAAAGGAAAAGCCAGAAAUCCAAGUCUGUCUCACCAUCUAGUGAGAAGAAAAAGGACUCUGAGUCGGUUUUGCUGUCAAGUGGAAAAAAAAGCCAGAAAUUUGAGUCUUCCUUGUCUAGUGGGAAGAAGAAGCCGAAAUCUGAGUCUAAACUUUCUAGUGGAAAGAAAAACCAGAAAUCUAAGUCCAUUUCACCAUCUAGUGGAAAGAAGAAGAAAGACUCAGAUUCAGCGGAAUUCUCUCAUAGAAGAGGGCGAAGAAGGUCUAUUUCUGGAGAUGCGGAAACUACUGGAGAGGAAGCACUUGAUGCUGCAAGUAGUGGCAAAGGAAAGAAGUCAAAGACUGGCUCUAAUGCUAGAGAGACUUCUAAAAAGAAGAGAAGAAGAUUUGACUCUUGUGAGAAUGUUGAAACUGCUGGGGAGGAGGCUCCUGAUGAUGUAAGUGGUGGUGUAUCAAAAGCUAGCAAGAAGCCUAAAUCUAGGUUGGUUUCGCCACCUAGUGGUAAAAGACAGGAAAAGGAUGAUACUAUAGCUACGCCUGGAGAUUCUACCCAAAAGAAAAGGAUCUCCAAUUUGUCAGGUAAUAUUGAUGCUGAAACUCCCCCCUUGCAGAAGUCCUUCAAGAUAGGAGACCGCAUCACUAAGGUUGCUAGCCAACUCACAGGUCCUCCGAUCAUUAAGUGCAAUAGUGAUGCUUCUCAAAAGGAUCUUACUGAUGUCAAGAUCGUGAAGGAUAAUAGGAGAGGCAGUGCUACCCCACUGACACCUAGAGCCAGUUCUGAUAAAAAAAAAGGGGUCCCAAGGAUAGAUUCUUCUUCUGAUGAAAUGUUAGCUUUACUUGGUACAGCUGCGGAGAAUCCUCUAAAAGGAAUAGAUUCAUCAUCUGAAGUAAUUGAUUUUUUCACAGACUUCAGGAGUUCACUUUAUGAAAAAGGUUCAUCCAAUAAGAGGUAUAAGAAGUCAGUAGAAAAACGGGAUCAAGACCAGAAAUCAGGUGGGAAAACAUCUUCCGAUUCACAAUCUGAAGGGAAGAAGUCAUCGGAUGCCAAACCCAGGAAAGGCAAAUCUGCUGGCUCUAAAACUACUGUUGAUUAUAGCAGCCCAGAAGAAGGAUCGUCAAAAACUGGGCAGAAAAGGAAAGCUAAAUCCUCUAAAGAAAGUCCGGUAAAGAAACAAAAGUUUACUUCUCAACAAUCAACAUCUCCUUCGGUAGGGUUAAAGCGUGACUCUGAGAGGGAACCAGCAGUGGGUGUAACCGACUCGGAAUUGAGUAAAGACUUGCAAGAGGAAAACAGGACAGGCAAUUUGGAUGAGAAAUCUGGUGAAGAAUGCUCUCCUACAGCACUAAUAUUGACAUUUACUGAAGGGGAUACCCUUCCCUCAGAAGCUGAUUUAAGUAGAAUAUUUAGCCGAUAUGGCCCCCUUGAAGAGUCAGAAACUGAAGUUCUUAGGAAGACCAGCCGUGCCAGGGUGGUCUUCAAGAAACGUCCAGAUGCAGAAGUUGCUUUCAGCAGUGCUGGUAAAUUCAGCAUUUUUGGACCGUCACUUGUCAGUUACAGGCUUAGGUAUCUUUCUUCAACAUCCAAAGAUUCUCCAAGAUCUGCAAUGCGGGGCAUAAAAGAAGCCGCAUCUGCAGAUGGAAAUAUAAAGUCUCCGUUUCCUGGAUAAGAUGAGAUAAGGACUGCAGUGUGUAUUGCAGGCAAAGUGCAAAAUUAAUGAACUGGAGACUCAUAUCAUCAUCAGUAUGUCAUGUUCAACGAUGGUAAGGACGAAGGUGUAUUUAACGAAGGGAGCUCCUUGGACAGUUAGGAUGUUUCAGACGCUGUAGUUAGCUGACGGUUUUCUCCCCAUCCUGUACCUUUUGUUGGAUUAGGUAUCAUCAUCAUGCCAUUGGCAUGUAUUUACAUGUACUCAGUCGGAGCAAUGUAUACAGAAUGUACCUUGAAAUUGCAGUUGGAUGAAUAUCUGACAGCUUUGUCACGUUCAUGGUCCAAAUUUUCACCUGCAGGGGACCUAUGUUGUACUAUGUUCUUGUGGCCAUUUUACAGCAUUUUCAGCUUUUUUAGUAAUAAAUCCAAGUGCCUUGCUGCUAACA